AUGUUUCUAUAAUGUCACUUUUAAAAUGGCUUGGUGGCUUUUCUUUAUAUUUAAUAAGUUAACUUAAUGUAGAGAGAGCAUAUUUGUGGUACAUCAGGUAAUAGCAGGGUACAGGGGUAUCACACUAUGUUCACAUGAAAUGGGUGUUUUUAGGAAAAUGUAAAUAGUAACAUUUUAUUAGAUACUUAGGUUCUGAAAAUCAACCAGGUUCUGUGUUUUACAUCCAUUAAUCCUUAUUUGUUUACAUUCUAGGUCACCGAAAGAGUGCUGUGGAACGUCUUGAGGAGAGUAAGGCUAACUAUGUGAAGUCCGAGAGAGUACUGGAUAGUAGGCAGCCCUUCAAACACAGUGCCUGCCUUCAGCUGUCUACUCAAUCUCAACGUGAUUCUCUCUUGAAGGGGGCAUCAAAAUAUUCACAGAUAUAUGAAACCCUAAAUAGUGAAUGUCAGAGCGGAGGUCAGCAAAGACCAAUCGGUAGGGAAUGGACCAAGUCUCGUUCUGAAACAAAGUACUCUCAAAUGUCCAGGAACCUUCCGUUAUGUCAUCAGGUAACAGGACGAUCCAUUGAAAACCUAAAACACUUCAAGUUUAGAGAAGAGGAAACCAAUUUUUCUGACACUAAGGAUCUGUGUGGAAAUACUGAUCCUGUCUCAAAGUGUAACUCUCAUGAAAUCCAGCAAACGACUUAUAGUGUUAAUAAAAGUAUGCCAGAUCUUUCUCAAUCUAAAGGCAAACAAGUAAGAUGUGCUCAUCACUCUUCUUCUUCUGAGAGUUGUGAAACAACAUCCCUUAGUACAAGUCCCAGGCUUUCUUCUAUCCCUCAUCACGAGACUAGAAACUCUGCUUUUAGAAGUGAUGAUAAUGCUGAUGACAGUGAUUAUGAUGAUGUCAUUGAAAGUGACCCUGAUGAUGUCAUUAGACAGGCUUAUCAUGAAUCAAACAAGCAUGCUAUGUCUGUACUGAUCACAUCAGAAAGUGGCAGUGUGCGGAGAAAGCCCACGGGUCGGUCCAAAUCAGAUGUUGGUUAUCGGUAUAGCCGUAAUCAACCCUCCUUGAAAUUCCAUAGGAUGACCAACAGGUGUUCCCCAGAAUUAGAACGUUUCUUUGACAGUAUGGGACUUGAAUCCAGCAUAUGGAAACAGUUAACGGGGUCUUCUACAACAUCCUCACCCCCGCAGUUUUUUGGAUCCGGCAGCUCAAUCAAUACUGAUGAUCAUCGGUCACAAGUGUGCAGCGAGGACUCUAUGCAAGAUAACUUGAGCAAUAAAGAUGGAUUGCGGGGUCAGGACCUGUUAGAUCAUGGUCCAGUUGAGACAUCUAUUAUUGAAAAAAAAUGCUCGUGUCAUAAAAUGGCUUUUUAACUGUAGGAAAGCAACAGAAGACAAUGGAUUGUGAUGCUGGCCUCACUUUAGCUCAGAAAUACUCUUGAGAAAGGAUUCUGUCAUGGAUACUGGAAGAAAUAUUGAUUUUUUAACAGACCAGGAAAUACACAUUUCUGUACAUAUUUCUGACAGCUUUCCCCCAGUGUCAGGGAGAUGUUUGGCCUUUUUAUUAUAUGU